AUGGGGGCUUCGAAGGACGACGUGGACCGCCUCUUCGCCUGCUUCAAAUGCGGCAUCUCCCCUCCCCAGUCGGCGGUGAGGGAGAGACCGCCGCGGCAGGGAAAGAAGCUGCGGGUCGCAUCUGCGGCAGCGAGCGACGGCGGCGGGAGCAGCUCCGCUUCUGCUUCUUCCACACGGGGAGGCGGGGAAAAGGCGAGCGAGCAUAAGGAGCCAUCAUCAGCGGCGAUCAAAUUCAGAAACCGGAAGCAGAUGUCCCCAAUUGUGUUCUACGGUUCUCCUCAAGGUGUUCCAGUGAAAAAGCCGAUGAGCCUGCUGAGGCUGCUUCGUGAAAUCCGCAUUGAUCUGAAGAAGCAAACUGAUUUGAUAUCCAGGGACGUUGUCUGGGCUACAUUCCCUAGGCAAGAUGAGGCAAUAAGGUUCUCAAAGGAGCAUGCAGACACCAAAAUCUUUAGCUAUCAAGAUCAUUUGAGCGGGCAAAGAAGGUUCCUUGUUUCUACAUACGAGGAGUUCUGGAGAAGGUAUAAUAAUAUGGAUCCACAAAUUCGCCACCACUAUGAAGUUAUCCAGGAGGGUUCACCUUGCCACAUUUACUUUGAUCUCGAGUUCAAUGCAAAAAUUAACCAGGAGAGAGACGCAGAUGAAAUGGUUGAUAUAUUGGUUGCUGUCACAUUCAGUGCCUUGCAUGACAAAUAUUCCAUCGAAGGACAAGAAGAAUGGAUCAUAGAAUUAGACUCAUCUAAUGAAGAAAAGUUUUCACGCCAUUUGAUCAUUCGUAUACCAAAGACCGCAUUCAAGGACAACUCCCAUGUUGGUGCAUUUGUCUCCGAGAUCUGCUCGCGGAUUGCAGCUCAACGUGCAGGCAAUCCCAACCUUGAUAAACUGCAUAUUAAAAAAGAUAGCAGCUGUGCAGAACCUGUUGAUCAGCUCUUUGUGGAUACUGCUGUUUACUCUCGUAAUCGUUGUUUCCGUUUAGCCUUUUCAUCAAAGUCUGGGAAAAAGUCAUUUCUUAGGGCUACUGGACGUUUCAAAUGUAAGAACAUGAACGACAAGGAACUAUUUAUGGAGUCACUUAUUUGUAGAUUAGAUGAUGACUGUGAUAAACUUUUGAUAUGCAAACUUGAUCUGGAAUGCAAGAAAAUGUUGCAUUUUCACUCUGAAGCCAGCGUUCCACGAAUUCAAAGAACAAACUGCCUGGAUGCCAUUAAUACCUACCGAAGUAAUUUUCCUCAAGAAUAUACAUAUGGGAGAUCUCCUUUUCCAGCUCUGGACGGCUUUAUUGAAUCUAUAGCUUCUUGUGGAAGUGUCUCAGGAAAAAUUCGAUGCUGGUACUGGUUUUCAGAAGAUGGUUUAAUUAUUUACAGCAUGUCAAGGAGUAGAUACUGCGAGCAUAUUGGAAGAGAGCAUAAAAGCAAUCAUGUUAUGUACAUCGUGGAUUGCCAAAGAGCCGCAUAUUACCAAAAAUGUUAUGAUCCUGAUUGUAAAGGGUACCGUUCUCCACUGCGUGCUGUACCCUGGGACGUGAUUCCUGACCUCAGCUCCACAGCUGAUUCGGCCCAGCGAGAUUAUCAGGGGAAAGUUGUAGAAAUCAACAUCGGAAGCAGCAGCGGGAAUGAGUUCCUGCCUGAUGGUAAUUCUGUUAUGGAGAGCGGUGAGGAGGAUCCCAGCUGGUGGGAAGAAGCAGUGAAGUUUGCUGACAGUGUUGAGAAUGCCGAUCAUGCUCCUGCCUUUUGUAACUUGGGGGAUGACAGUUGUGAUGAAGCGGACUGGUGGAUGGAUGUGGAAAAGCUUAUGGUGCAGAUGGAGUCACAGGGCAACGCAUAG